AUGGAGACGCUGUCGCGGCAACUCAUGGAGCUGGAGUGCCUCGCGGCGAUGUACCCCGACGACGCGCCCGCGACCGCGGCGGGGGCGGAGAUCGCGAUGACACGUUCCGACGUCGACGCGAACGCCGACGCGCGAACGCUCCUCGACGCGUGGGACGACGGCGCGGGCGAGACGCCGAGCGACGACGCGCUCGCGGCGCUGCCGCGGCCGCGCGCGACGCUGACGAUCCCGGUGCGACGCGCUCGUCGUCGCGACGGCGACGGCGACGGCGUGGACGACGAUCGAUUCGACGGCGGCGUCGUCGUCCUCCGCGCGACGCUGCCGUCGGAGUACCCGCGCGCGGCGCCCGAGCUCGAGUUGGAUUGCUCGUCGAGCGCGCUCCCUCGCGACGUCGCCGCGAGCGCGCUCGCGAGGCUGAGAGCGCUCGCGGCGUCGAGGACGACCGCGCUCGGCGAGGACGGCGGCGAGUGCCUCAUGGAGCUGACGCAGGAGGCGAGCGACCUCGCGGCGGCGGCGGCGGCGGACGCGGCGGCGGCGGCGGCGGCGGCGGCGGCGGCGGCGGACGCGGGCGGCGGCGGCGGCGACGACGACGGGUGUCAGGUCGCGGUCGUGAAGAUCGACCACAUGAACGACUCGAGCGGGUACGUGAAGAAGCUGAAGAAGUGGGCGGCGGUCGGAGGGCUCUCCGCGCGUCUGUUCGCGCGCGACCCGUCCGGCGGCGGCGGCGGCGGUGAGACUGCUUCCCAUACGACCCCGUUCGCGUGGUGCACGCCGUUCCUUAAGGACUUUUCCCGUCGUCACUCUUCACCCGCGCUUCCCUUUCAACGUUUGACCGGCGGCGGCUUCCCCGCGGGGCGCGUCGACGGCGCGUACCUGAUCCUCCGCGGCGACGGAGACGCGAUCAAAUCGUUCCUCGCGAAGCUGCGCGUCGAGCUCGUGGACGUGGACUCGAGAGGCGCGAAGUGCCGGGAGCGGAAGUCCACGGUGCUGUGUCUUCGCGACGCGAACGCGGCGAAGGACGGGCAGGCGCGUUCUAUUACCACACUGGUCCCCAUACGACCGCGUCGGCGCGGUGAACGCCGUUCCUUAAGGAAUUUCUCUCCCGGCGCGUCUCUCCGCCCAUCGCCCCUCGACCCUUUCGACGCCCGACCUCGACGCCUCACGACGUCGACCGACGCCUUUCGACUCCUCCCGCCCUCACGACAGGACGCGGUGCCGAAAUUCGACGGGUUCCUCUCGACGCCGUACGACUCCGACGCCGAGCUCGAGGACAUGAUGAGCGCGCUGAACGUCCUGCACGUCGGGUCGGGGGCGACGCGGUUCACGGCGACGGCGGCGUCUCAGGCAUAGCGAUACUAGCGAUAGCGCGAUAGCGUCGUCAUUCAUCAUUAGGUCGAGGGCGGACGACGACUAGCU